UAGACAAACUUUCGGUCUUUACAAAUACUCAAAAAAGUGUUGAUGCUUUCUAUAGUAAAUUACAACCAACCAAACAGAAAUUUUGGACAUUUUAUUUGUGUGUAGCGAGUAUAAUAUCAAUUGAAUUAAGUUGGAUAAACACAUGUUUCUAUCAAUCGGGACCAGUGGAGUGAUCUGAAAACAAUCAUUGAUAGAUGGAAGUGUUCCGUGGUCGAGAAAAACUUACAAUCUGCAUAAUCAGCUGUCAGUGAGAUAGAUCAUCUGUCCCUGUAAAUAUAAAAGCUAAGACAAUCACAACACGUUUUAGUUUGAUAUGUGUGUAUAAUGAAGUAAACAAUCGAGCUACGAUGUGACCCUGGUCGCGCUCGAGACAGGCAGCGAUCUCGAAGCAGAUAUGGGGUAAUAACCUAACAGUGGAGUGAGGCUGGUUACGAUAUGGCUGGACUCCCGUGAGGCGGACGCACGAGUUUCACGAUCAGAAUAUUGGUGAAUGCAGAAAUAUGUCCGGCGACUACCCGUUCACGGCGAAAAUCGUGAGCCCGGUUAAGUGCAAUGAGAAGCCCUGGGAUCUGUGGGUCAGUGAAAUAGGGCACCUGUCGCCGCGGCGGGACGAUGACGCCACGUUCACGUCGCCGGCGGCUGUGGACGGCAAGGGCGGCGCGUCGGUGCGGCGCGGCCUGGACGCGCACCCCUACAAGCAGGCGGACAGGCAGGCGCGCUACCGCCGCGCCGGCCUCAACCGCCUCAAGUACGAGAGCAUGAGCCUGCACGGCCUCUUCCCGCAGAUGGACAACUUGAACGCGGCAGUGUGUCACAUGUGUGGUGUCAUCGUGAAGUGUAGUGCGGCUUACAGACACUUGCUAGAGUCCCACACGGGGGCCGAACCCCUCCCCCCACCGCCACCUCCCGUUUCCACACACAAAAGUCGGAGUCGACAUAAAAAGGAGCCUCCACCGCCCCCUAUCCCUGUAGAUUUACUCCCAGUGAAAAUGGAUUCUUCCCCUGUCCAUACGGCCACACCACCAUUAUCAAGGCUAAUGUUACCACCGCAGCCUGACCUACAGUACCUGGACGAGGCCAGCACAUCCUCCACUGUGCCGGGGGAGGUGAAGGUGAGCAUGGAGUGUGGAGAGUUACCAGUUGUCAGUAUACAGGACACAGAGGAUCUGCCCCUCGGUGAAAAUUUAACUGAUGAUAUUUUUGCUAUAAUGAAUUCUGAAGGCAUACAGAGUGCAGAUGACAUCACAAAUGCAGCAGACUGGAAAAAUAUUAUCAGGGAUAUUGGAAACAUGGGUGAGAUUAAUUUUCCCCAAGCUUCUGAUAAUGUUCCAGCACAGGAUUUGUAUGCCCCCAUUCACACCUCAUCACUAUCAGCAUAUGCAAUUUCAGAUUCAGAUUUAUCCAACAUUCAAUUUGCGCCUAACACAUCGCCGAUGCUGCCGACGGUGAUGGAAACGACUGUACUGAACCCUCCUCCCCUGAAGCCGGCUGUCACGCCGACCACACCGUCGACGAAAUCAUCCAGAUCGAAAACUAGUAAAACGAAGUUUAAUUUACGAGAAUACGACCCGAACAAGCACUGCGGGGUGGUGACCGCAGAGAACCCCAAGCCGUGCACGCGGUCGCUGACGUGCAAGGCGCACGCGCUGUCUCUGCGGAGGACGGUGGAGGGACGCUCCAAGCCGUUCGACACUCUGCUGGCGGAGCACCGAGCGUCGCGGGACGCGGGCGCGGCCGCGGCGGCGGCGGCGGCGGCCGCGCCCGCUCCCGCGCCCGCGCCGCUAGUGCCCGCGCCCGCGCCGCCGCCCGCCGCCCCCAUCACCCUCCCACCGCUCCUAGUCAAUACGUCGAUAGACCUGAGCUCCUUCAACGGCCUCACCGCCGAGCAGCAGGUCAAUGACAUCUACGCGAGUCUCCUCAACGUGGAGGACCCCAACUCGGUGCUACCCGACACGUCGAGCAUCACGUCGCUGCUGAGCCAGCCGCUGGCUCCGGAGGCGUUCCUCAUGCCGGACGACGCGGAGAUCCCGGCCGACGUGCCCAUCCUCAGCAUAGCGUCGCCGCUGGAGACGCCGGCGGCGCGGCUGGACGACAAGCCGGACGAGGCGCCGCCGCCGCUGGUGCCGGCGGACGUGUGCUGGUACUCGUCGUGCCCGCGCCCGCUGGCCAUCUGCACCUUCAACGCGUCGCACGCUGGCGGCGCCAUCACAUUAGGUAAAAAAUUCGCGACAGUUCGAAGUAAUAUAAAGUCGUCGCUGUCGCGUUCGCAGUGCAAAUCGUCGGGCAGUGUGAACAAUUACUAUUAUAAUCCUAACGCCCUGUCGUUAUCGAAGACUGUGCAUAUGAACGCUAGUAAAACGAAUAAGCCCGAAGUGCGUAAACUGAUAGUGACGUGUAGUGGCGGGGCGGGCGGGGCGGCGCUGGGCGCGCACAAGGAGGUGCAGCAGACGCUGAGCGAGCUGUUCGGCGGCGAGGUGCGGCACGCGCUCAACGGGCACGCGCCCGAGCGCCGCCGGCCGCCGCUGAAGGCGCCGGGCAAGCGGCCGCCCGCGCCCGUGCUCGACCUCGGCUUCUCGCUCGACCCGCUCUUGGCUGAUGAGAAGUGCUGAGCACCAAUAAGCAAUCACCGGUUGUGUAGUCACAUAAUAAUUGUAUAUUUAUUUUUCUGUAAAGAAUCGAAUCGGAUUCGCGUAUGUAAAAUGUAAAAUAAUCACGAAUUUUCCCGAACGGAAUUUAAUGUUACGAUAAUGUUAAAUCUCAUUUUUUUUCGUCAACAAGCGAACUAAUGUUUGUAUUAUUUUGUAUAUUAUUUUAUAAGAUUUUUUUAAAUCCUUCUCCGAUACGAGAGUCGGUAUGUGUCAAUGAAGAAUUAAAAAUAGAUUAUUACAGAAUGGUUGUAUUUUUUCGAAAUGACAUAUUACUCAUUGUUGAUAAUGAAUUGAAUACUGAUAAAUGGCCUAGGAUUAAUAAUGGUUUAAUGUGAUGAAAAUUUCCAUGUAAAAAUAUAAAUACUAUUAAAAUAAGUAUAUCCGUAAUAGUAAAUCGCCUCCUUUGGAAAAUAAAGGCAAAUACCUCAAUAACUAAAA